AUGAAGGCACAUGUCAAUGAUCUUAGGUCCCAGGUGAAGGCUAAGGACAGGAUUAUUCAAAAUCUCCAAGAGGAAAUUAAGAAGAGUUCACUUGAAAGAACGCAGAGCAGGAAUGAGCCCUCCGACGGCAGGCACACCUUCAAAUUCCUGCAGAGCAAAAUAGACUCCCUCCAGAAGCUUGAAUUUGAGAAAGUGUCCCAGAUCACAGAGAGGGAUAUCACCAUUGCCAAACUGCAGACGGAGCUCCAGGUCGCGAGGCAAGACGGAAGAGACGUGCAAAAUGAGUUGUCCAACCAGAGGGAAAAGGUUAACGAGUUGCAGGAGGCACUUCGGCAGCUGAACGAUCAAAUGGCAGCCAAGGACAGCCAAAGCGAGGCUUUGCUCGUGUCCAGCAAAGACCUGGAGGAGAAAGUGGCGGCGCUGGCUGCGGAGCUUCAGAAAAGCAGAGAACGGUCACAGAAGCAGCAGAAGGAAUUACUUUCACUGAAACAGAAAAACGACGGACUCCACACAGAGUUGCAGACUCAGGAGCAGCGGAUUUUGAAAGUUCAAAAGGCGCAGCAUCAGAAGGAGGAGGCGGAGGAGGCCGCGUGGCUGGCGGCUCGGAUAGAGCAGCUGCAGGUUCAGCUGCUGGAGUCCCGUAACUUACACACACAGGCCACAUGUCAGCUGGGUGCUACCAAGCGGGAGCUGGAGGGGGUGCGAGCCGAGCUGGCGGAAGCCAGACGCCAGCGUGACGCUUCACAGGUCGAGAGUGAAGCCAAAAUGGCGACGGUGAAGAAUGAGCUCAGCGAAGAGUAUGGAAAUAAACUGCGAGAGCAAGAGCUGAAAAAGAGACAGAUAAAUGAGGAGUUGGCGAACUUAAAAGAGAAGCACGUCUCUGCCAAAGAGGAGAUUUCAAAGUUGGAGAAGAUAGUUGAGGAACAGGCCACUGAACUGAAGGACGUUCAGCUCCAGCACACGGCAACCAUGGAGGAGAACGGGAGACUCCGAGCAAGACUGGAGGCCCAGACUGUGAGCGCUCAGACCGAGCAGGAUGUGCUCACGAGUGAGAUUAGCAACACAGAGGGUGCGAUCCAUGCACUGAGAAUGCAACAGCUGGAGAACGAAAAUAAAAUAUCCCUGGCAGGAGAAAAGAUCUACUCACUUGAAAACUUACUGCAAGAGGAAAAAGAAAGAUGUUUUUCUGCAGAAAGUGAAGUUCAAAGACAGUGCCAAGUUAUCCAUUUGUUAGAGAAGGAGCUCAAACAAGCGCAGCUUGCUGAAAAGGAUGCAGUGUUGAAGAUAAAUGAAUGUGAGGAAAGAAUAAGACAGACACAACUUGAAUUGACCUCCCUGAAAGCCACACAGGAGUCUUUGAAGAGGACAGCGACAAUGAAGGAACAUUUUAACAAUGAACUCUCUCAGGAAUGCAGUGACUUGAGGCAAACCCUGGGGUGCCUGCAAAACAAGCUCCGAAACAGCGAGGAGAAAGUUAAUAGCUUGGAUUUAGAAGUUGGGCUGCUCAAGUCCAAAUUACAGGAAAAGACAGAGCAAUCUCAACAGCUGCAAGAUCAAAUUCUGAAACAGCAGGAGGCUCUAAGUAGGGCAAAUGAAACUCUAAAAGACACCAGGAAAGCAGCUGGCAAUAAGAUACACAAGAAGGAAAACAAACUGGCUGUAAUGCAGAAGGAACUGUUAGAGGUCAAAGCUAAGAACUCAGAAUGUCAGAAUGAGUUGCUCCGUAGGGAAAAUCUCCUGCAGAAGCUGAAGGAAGAGUCUGUACAGCUGACAGCCCAAAUAAAGGAGCAAUCCCAGGACAUUAACAAGCUGAACAGUGAGAAGGAAAAACUUGAGCUGGAGUUGACGGUUGUCAUGGAGAAACACAGAACAGCGCAACAAGAGGUGAACAAUCGGGAUCAAGUGAUUCUGCAGCUGAAGACUGACCUGAAAGCGAGGGAGGAGCAGCACCGCGGCGCACGCGAGGAGCUGGGCCUUCACGAGUCUGAGGCCAGCAGGCUUAAUGAGCGAGUGAAAAGCCUGCAGAGCGAUGUACGUGAGCUGUGGGAGAAGUGCCGCGAAUGGGAGGAGCGUCUGGCCCGGGAGGAGAAGGAGAAGCAGCACCUGCAGCACCAGCUCCAUGUCGCUCAGCAGCAGAUGAAGCAUCAAAUGAAGACAAGUGAGCAGUUGAACGCAGACUUCAAUGCCACGAAGCAGGCGCAUACCGUCGACAUGGAGCGCUGGAACCAGAAGUCCUUACUUUUACAAACGCAGCUUGACCAGGCGUGCGUAGAUCUGCAGGAUAGUCAAAGCAAAGUACAGGAGCAGAGGCUGAAGGUCAGGGACCUGGAGGGCAAGCUCAGUCACACUGAGGUCUUGCAUCAGGAAGCCCUGGCUAAGGUUCAGAGUGGAGAAGAGCUGGCGAAAAAGCAAUGUGCUGAAAUGUUACGUUUAAAGCAACAGAUAGAGAACACCCAAAUGGAACUGAGAGAGAGUAACGCCGCGGCCAAAAACCAUGAAACGUCGUCUGACAUCUUCAAACAGAAAUAUCAGACCGCCAUGGAAAAAGCCCAGCAGCUGGAGGGACAAAUUCAGAGUCUGGAGGAAGAAGCUCAGUAUUCCAACAAACAGGUUCUCGAGGCACAGGAAGUGGUCAGCAGCUUGAAGGCAGAGGUGUUGAACCUGGAGGCUCGCUACGAGGAGAAGUGUAAACAGAUGGAGAAUUCAGAAGAAGCAAUUGACCAGCUGACAGAAGAGCUACAGACUACUCAGGACCAUCUUAAGUGCAGCAGUGACCGUAUCCUUGAAUGUGAGCAGCUGAUUGAAAAAUUAAAAGAGGAAGUGGACAUGCAGCGCAAAGAGAUAUCAGAUCAUGAAAAUACAUUCCUGCAGCUUCAGUCAGACCUGACUUCAUACCAGUUCAGCCACAGUUACUCCAACGAGGAAUACGAAUCUCAACAAAAACACUCCAAUCUCUUACAGAAGGAACUUGCCUGUGUGAGCCAGCGGCUGAGCGAGAAGGAGGCCUGGAACGAGGAGUGCGAGAGGACCAUUGAGCAGCUGAAGGCCGAGGCCCUCCGUCUGGCUGAAGACCUGCAGAAGCGUGCACUGGAGAACCAGGGCCUGGAGCGCACCCUGCAGUCCCUCCACCUGGACGUGGCCUCCGCCCACCAAGGCCACAAGGUCACGCUCGCCCAGCUGGAGCAAGAAGUGGCCCAGCUGGAGAUGGACCUCACCGACGCCAGGAAGGCUUGUGCCCAGAGGGAUCAGGCAAUCCGAAAAAGAGAUGACCUUCUGAAGAAGUCUGAGGCUGACCUUCUUCAGGCGAGGGAGGCCAUCAAAGGCAAGGCAAUGGAGUUAGAACACCUUGAGUGCACAGUCAAGGACCUGAGAGGAGAUUUGCAAACUGCAGAGACGGACAAAAGCCAAAAACAGCAGGAGAACCUGGCUUUGAGGACGGAAAUAAAGCAGCUGAACCAGGAGCUACAUGACAUCCACAAGCAGUACAGAGAGACAGCCCAGGAGCUGGCGGGUCGCGAGGAGAGGGUGCUGCUGCUGGAGUCCAGCCUGAGAGCGGCGCAGGAGCAGCUGAGGGAGCGGGUGGCCGAGGCGGUGCGGCAGGAGCAGACCGUCCGCACGACCCGUGUGAUGCUGAGGAACGCCGCCGAGCGGGCCCGCGCCGCCGAGGACGAGGUGGCCCAGCUCAAGCACAUGGUAGAGACGUCGCGAGGAGAUGCGAGCGUGGCGAAGGCAUCGUUGCAGAAGGCCCUGCGGGACUCGGCGAGCCAGCGGCGGGAGCGCCACAGGGCAGAGGUGGAGCACGGCGGCGCCAAAGAGGAGGCCGUCGCCCUCGCUCACCAGCUCCAGCAGCAGGAGGAUGUUUUGCGGUGUCUGAGAGAGGAACUGGGCCAGGAACACACACGCUACGAGGACCAGCAACGGCAAUUUAACAAGCUGAAGAUGUACAUGGCAAGCAUGGAGACAGAGGUGGAGCACUUUAGAGUCAAACAAACCACCAGUGCCCAUAUGGCGAAGCAGUUUGAAAGCACACUGACUAAGCAGAAGGCUGAGCUGCAAGAAGCAACAGAGUCGCUGGAGGCCUGUCACAGGAGCCUUCUGACAGCAGAACAGACCAUUGCUGGCCUCCAGCUGGAACUGUCUUCAGUUAAGGAUAGCCGGCAAGAAGCAGAGGAUAAGGCAGCGAGGCUGAAAACUGAACAGAGUGUUUUGAGAGAAAAGCUGGAGGCAGCAGCUACAGAGCUGGAGACUCAGAGGCUGGCUGUUGAAGAGGCCCGUGCAGACAACGCCCGCCUCCGCCAGGAAAGCAAGUUAGCGGUCGCCAACGUGGGUCAUUGGAUCAAAGAGCAGAAGAUUGCCAGUGAAAGUCUGGCUGAGAAAAUUGCGGAGCAAAGUAAGCUGCUGAUCCUUGUGAGUGCAGAGAAAGACCGUUUGCAAGAAACCAAAGCUACAUUGGAGGCGGAGCUUCAGAAGCUGAGAGCAGUGAUUGAUGGCAACAACAAGGAGAUUGAACAUUUAAGGGCAAUCCACAGUCACUCUGCUAAUCAGCAGGCACUUCUUAAUCAGCUCAGAGGUCGUCUGGAGGUAGAGGAGAAAGAGAGGGAGAGCCUAGUUGCACAGAACCUGUCCAGAGUGGAGGAUAUGCAGUCCAGGCUGAAGGCCAACAUGGAGUCCGUCUGCCUGUUGAACGAGCAGCUGAACACUCUGAGCGCGGAGAACGCCAACCAGAGGAAACUGCUGGAGAAAGAGCGAGCGCUGCGCAAACAGCUGGAGCUGCUGCUAAAGAGCGGCAAUCAGGGCAGCCGCUCCCACAGGGCCCUGCCAGAGACUGGCCACAAGGAGAGGCUUCAUCUCAGCCAGCUCCAGCCCCCCUACGCGGAGGCCAGCUCCUCUGACCCACACGCCAUCUCACAUUUAUACCCCACGCCUCAGCGAGAGCCCUUCAGGAGCCCUGAAAGGGGAGAGACAGAAACCUUAACAAGAGGGGAUCUUGAAGAAACGUGGAUAAGAGACUCGCUAGAUAAGUCGUACUGGAUCCAGCGAGUGGGAGAGCUCUCCGCGCAGCUCCGAGAGAGCACCGAGUACUGGUCGGAGAAAAUGAGCGGCCUCACCGCUGAAAUCGAGCAGGCCCGCACGGCCUCCUCUAAGAAGUGAACCCAUUGCCCGAGCCCCAGAGAACCUAAUCACAUUGGGCCUGGAUGCUUGAAGACAUGUAUUCAUGGAAUGGAUUCAUGAGACAUGAGGAAAAUGAGUCCUGUGUUGCCUUCCAAAGC